AUGGUCAACCCCAGCGAGACAGGAAUGGUCGACCCACGAAUCUUUGAAGAACUCCAGAACAAGAUUGAUGAGGAUGCUGAAGUACGAGAGCAAAUCCGAGCCAUCGUCCAGACCUUAGAACGACAGGGUCGAGGCGCGCAGUCAAUCCUCUCACGAGCCCAUUCAACCCCCGCAGCACAUCUCAAGCCAGUCCUCGACGCCGCUGAGGGUGCCAUCAAGGAAGAGGUUGCAAGUAUCAAAAGCCUCUCCGAUGUAGCCUCAAGCUCCCCAUAUUACAAAUACAACGGGCUUUGGACGAGGGAUGUUCAGAAUGUCAUAUUUUCUAUCCUUCUUUGCGGAUGGCUUGGAGGCAUGGCACAUAAUGGCAAGGCAGCCGAAGCUGGCAGACUUUUAACCAUCGAAGACGUCGGCGCGAUCCUCGACGGUACGUUGAUUCCCAUCUUCCAGCGCUUAAAACUCACAAUUUCAGUACCCGUAAAUUUGAAGGACCGAGAUGCUUUCCACAUCUCGAUCGAAGAGUACCUGCAAUCACUCAUCACGCUCAUCGAAGAGCUUGCAAGACUCGCAGUCAAUUCUGUUACUCUAGGCGAUUAUCAACGACCGUUGCAGAUCAGCCAAUUUGUCAAAGACCUUCAUGCUGGUUUCCAGAUCUUGAACCUGAAGAAUGAUUCGUUGAGGCGGAGGAGCGAUAGCAUCAAGUAUAAUGUAAAGAAGAUUGAGGAUAUUGUCUAUGAUCUUUCCUUGAGAAACCUGGUUUCGAAGUCCUGA